AAAAAAACCAAUACACAAAAUCAUGUCCAAACGGAUCCAAUCCUUUUUCCAACCCAUCCCCAAGAAACCUAAAGUGGGACCCACCUCACCUGACCCGUCUCAACCCUCAAACCCUCUCAAUAUACAACAUCAGCAUCAACAACAGGAACUGGAAGAACAGGAAGAACAGCCACCACCACUAACCCACCACUCAAGCUACCCCUUCCCAAUCCCCAGCCUAUCACCCCACCUAUCUAAAGCCCUAACAAACAUCUCCACCACCCUCAACCCCCCCAAACCCAUAACCAACCACCCCCACCUCGACCUCCUCUACUUCCAACCCCUUCUCCCACCCCAAACAGCGAAAACUCUCUUUUACUUCCUCCGCAACUCCCUCCCCUUCUACAAAGUCCAAUACACAAUUCACCGAGGAAAGACACCAACAAAGAUAACCACACCAAGAUUCACAACCGUCUUCGGGGUCGACGCCACCUCCACUUUCACAGCCGACCAAGAAAAGACCACCCUUCUCGACACAAAAAUCAACCUCCCAAUCCCAAAAACAAAAUACAAAUGCAAUCCCCGUCCAAUCCCGCCAUGCCUAGACCAUCUCCGACAAGUCGUCCAAACAGCAACCCAAACCCCAAAGGACUACUACAAUUUCAUCUUGAUAAACUACUACGCAAGCAAUACAGAUAGUAUAAGCUAUCAUUCUGACGAUGAGCGAUUCCUCGGUCCAAACCCUAGUAUUGCGUCUUUGUCUCUCGGGGCCAAGAGGGAUUUUCUGUUGAAACAUAAACCGGGGGUUGAGGCGGGUUCGCCGUUGAAGUUUCCUCUGGCUAGUGGUGAUAUGGUUGUUAUGAGGGGGGAGACGCAGGCGAAUUGGUUACAUAGUAUUCCUAAACGGGCCGGGGAGGGAGGGGGGAGGAUUAAUGUGACGUUUCGGAGGGCGUUGGUGGUUGGGGGGACGGAGAAUUAUUAUAGGUAUAAUGUUGGGGAUGGGGGGGUUUGGAGGUGGGAUGAUAAGAAGGGGAGGAUGGUGAGUGUUGAUGAGGAGGGGGAGAAGGGUAUUGGGAGUGGGUAG